GGACGUUUUUCUGUUCAAACCUGUAUUAUACAGCUUCAUUUAAAAUUUGUGUUAAAAUAAUAAAUAAGUGAGAUAAGGAACCAAUGAAGAUAGCGGAAAAAUUUUUUUUUUCCUUCAAUAUUUCUGGGAGGAUGGGAUCAUGUGUAGAAGUUCACGCAAGUGAGGAAAGUUUUUGAUUGUCAUUCACUUGGGAGUGGCCAGAGACGAUUCUUCUCCACAUGGUUCAAGCAGCUCACGACUUCCGGUUUUAGACCAAGUAUCCUCUCCAACAGACAUCCGUUUGAAGGCGAGCUAAAGUGAGAAGGCGAAGCCCGCUUAUGCGGUUGUGCGUAGGGCUUGGGACCCACCACAUAAAAACGAAAUACCAAUUAAAAAUCUACGAAAGCCUCGGAUGAGACACCCCCCUUUUGAUGACGAUCCCUGCAAACGUUUUAAGGAUAAUGAUAUAAGGGCAUGCACCUGGAAUGUCCGGACCCUUAAUUGGGAAGGUGCCUCUGCCCAGCUGGUUGAUGUCCUCAUACGACUCAAGGCUGACAUCACCGCCAUCCAAGAAGUGCGAUGGACGGGACAAGGACGGAAGAAGGUGGGUCCUUGAGACAUCUACUACAGCUGCCAUAUAAAGGAGCGCAAAUUUGGUGUUGGAUUUGUGGUGGGAGAGAGACUCCGUCGCAGAGUCCUGGCAUUCACCCCGGUGAAUGAACGUCUUGCCACAAUCCGCAUCAAAGCGAGGUUCUUCCACAUAUCGCUGAUUUGCGCCCACGCCCCAACGGAAGAGAAGGACGAUGUGACCAAAGAUGCUUUCUAUGAGCGCCUAGAACGCACCUAUGAGCGCUGCCCCCGCCACGAUGUAAAAGUCGUGCUUGGCGAUUUUAACGCCAGGGUGGGUAAAGAAGGUGUCUUUGGCACAACAGUCGGAAAAUUCAGCCUCCAUGACGAAACAUCGCCAAACGGCCUGAGGCUGAUCGACUUCGCUGGGGCCCGAAAUAUGGUCGUCUGUAGUACCAGAUUCCAGCAUAAGAAAAUACAUCAAGCUACUUGGCUGUCUCCUGAUCGAAACACGCGGAACCAAAUCGAUCACGUUGUGAUAGACGGAAGACAUGUCUGCUGUGUUUUAGACGUGCGUACGCUCCGAGGACCAAAUAUAGACUCGGACCAUUAUCUGGUCGCAGCGAAGAUACGCACCCGCCUCUGUGCAGCAAAGAAUGCAGGUCAACAAACACAAGGAAAGUUCGACGUCGAAAAGCUGCAAUCGCAACAGACAGCUACGAAAUACUCUACUCGACUUGCACUCCUGCUCUCUGAGAGCACUCAUCAGCAUCUCGGUAUUAGGGAACUGUGGAACGGCAUCUCAAACUUACUGCGUACCGCUGCAGCCGAAACAAUUGGUCUCCGGCAACGACAAAAAACAAGCUGGUACGAUGAGGAGUGCCGUCUCGCAGCGGAGAGAAAACAGACUGCCUACCUCGCAACGUUGCAAACGACCACAACACGUGCGGGAUGGAGUAGCUACCGAGAGCUGAAGAGGGAAGCGAGACGCAUCUGCAGACAAAAAAAGAAAGAGGCCGAAAUGCGUGAGUACGAAGAGCUUGAGAAGCUGGCAGACAGAGGGAAUGCUCGAAAAUUUUAUGAAAAAAUGAAGCGACUUAACGAAGGUUUCAAGACCGGAGCAUCCUCAUGUAGAGACCAAGGUGGUAAUCUGGUAACCGAUGUCCAGGGCAUACUGGGAUUAUGGAGGGAACACUUCUCCGACCUGCUGAAUGGCAGUGAGAGUACAACACCAGGAGAUAGCGAACCCGAUCCCCCAAUCGAUGACGAUGGAACAGAUGUUCCAUUACCCGACCAUGAAGAAAUUCGAAUAGCAAUUACCCGCUUGAAGAACAACAAAGCAGCGGGGGCCGAUAGAUUACCGGCAGAACUAUUCAAAUACGGCGGCGAAGAACUGAUAAGGUGCAUGCAUCAGCUUCUUUGCAGAAUAUGGUCGGAAGAAAGCAUGUCUGGCGAUUGGAAUCUCAGUGUGCUCUGCCCAAUCCAUAAAAAGGGAGAUCCCACAAUCUGCGCCAAUUAUCGUGGGAUCAGCCUCCUAAAUAUCGCAUACAAGGUUCUAUCGAGCGUACUGUGUGAAAGACUAAAGCCCACCGUCAACAAACUGAUUGGACCUUAUCAGUGUGGCUUUAGACCUGGAAAAUCGACAACUGACCAGAUAUUCACCAUGCGUCAAAUUUUGGAGAAGACCCGUGAAAAGAGGAUCGACACACACCACCUUUUUAUCGAUUUUAAAGCUGCUUUCGACAGCACGAAAAGGAGCUGCCUUUACGCUGCGAUGUCUGAAUUUGGUAUCCCCGCAAAACUAAUACGGCUGUGUAAAUUGACGCUGAGCAACACCAAAAGCUCCGUCAUGAUUGGGAAGGACUUCUCCGAGCCGUUCGAUACCAAACGAGGUUUCAGACAAGGUGACUCACUAUCGUGCGACUUCUUUAACCUGAUGCUGGAAAAAAUUAUAAGAGCUGCAGAGCUAAAUCGAGAAGGUACAAUCUUCAACAAGAGUGUACAGCUCCUGGCGUACGCCGAUGAUAUUGAUAUCAUCGGAAGCAACAACCGCGCCGUUUGUUCUGCUUUUUCCCGCAUGAAUAAGGAGGCGAAGCGAAUGGGUCUGGAGGUGAAUGAGGACAAGUCGAAAUAUCUCCUGUCAUCAAGCAAACAGUCGGCGCAUUCGCGUCUUGGCUCCCACGUCACUGUUGACAGUCAUAACUUCGAGGUCGUAGAUAAUUUCGUAUACCUGGGAACCAGCAUCAACAACACGAAGAAUGUCAGCCUCGAAAUUCAGCGCAGAAUCACUCUUGCCAACAGGUGCUACUUUGGACUGAGUAGGCAAUUGAACAGUAAAGUCCUCUAUCGACGAACCAAAAUCAAGCUCUACAAGUCGCUUAUCAUUCCCGUCCUGCUUUACGGUGCAGAAGCUUGGACGAUGUUAACAUCAGAUGAGACGACACUAGGAGUUUUCGAGAGAAAAUUUUGCGCAAGAUUUAUGGUCCUCAGAACAUUGGCAACGGCGAAUACCGCAGACGAUGGAACGAUGAGCUGUACGAGUUAUACGACGACAUUGACAUAGUUCAGCGAAUAAAAAGACAGCGGCUACGCUGGCUAGGUUAUGUUGUCCGAAUGGACGAAAGGACUCCAGCCCUGAAAGUGUUCGAUGCAGUACCCGCCGGAGAAAGCCGAGGAAGGGGAAGGCCUCCACUCCGUUAGAGGGACCAGGUGGAGAGCGACCUGGUUACACUUGGAAUCUCCAAUUGGCGACGAACUGCGAAGGAACGAGAGGAGUGGCUCGCUCUCAUCGAUUCGGCUAUAACCGGCUAAACGGUUGCAACGCCAAUCACAUACAUAUUUCUUUAUUUAUUGAAUCUGCUUUGUUUAAAGCCUAACAAUAAGUAUUAAAAUCUUAAAUAUAUUUACAACUAAGUAAGUUCAAGAAUGUGUUUGAGCGUUUUUGGUAGAACGGAGCUCUCUAAUAGGCUGGUAGAUCUCUCCUUUUUAAACGUGUUUGAUUGCAGGAAUGUACCAAGGCAUUAGCCAAUUGGUUUGGAUAUUCACGAAGUUUAGAAAUAUCUUUAUGGAUAUUUUCGUUACGAUGUACCAUGGUGAUUGUUCCGCCCGUGAUUGUUCUAAGCAUUUUAGAUUGGAAUCUCUGAAUUAUGUCAAUGUUGGUUGCACAGUUGGUACACCACAGUUGAAUACCUUACAUCCAAAUCGGUUUUUUGUUUUAAAGUUUGCUGCUCUUAAUUUCAUGCAUGUUAUUUUACUUCCUUAUAUGUUUCCUCCAAGUGAGCCUUCGAUCCAGGUGAAUCCCAAGAUAAGUUACGACAUUCCCUUGGGGUACUAGCACAUUGUUUAUUUUAACUGUCCGGCAUGUUUCCGAUCUCAGCGAGAAUGUAACAUGCUUGCAUUUUUGCUCAUUAAAAUUUAUUCGCCAGUUGCCUAGCCAUUCUUCGACAAAACUUAAGUGCUCCUCUAAUACUCUUGACGCUCUUAUAGGGCAUUUGUUACGGCUUACUAGAGCUGUGCCAUCCGCAAAAGUGGAUGUUAAUACGUUAUUAGCUAUUGGAAUGUCUGCUGUAUAUAUUAUGUACAGAGAUGGCCCUAAUACACUGCCCUGAGGUACACCAGCCCUUAUUGCUCGUUCUUCUGAUAUGAAAUCUGCUACUUUAACUGUGAAGUUCCUGUUUCUUAAAUAUGACGGCUGGGUUAAGUCUUUCCCCAGUUUACCUAUCAUAAUGAUCUGCGACUUUUUCCACGAAAUUGGAUAGUACCCGAAACCAAGUAUUGCCAAGUAUUGCAUUAAAGAGCAAGGAGAGCACUGUUAUAGCAAUAUUUGGUAACUCAGUUAAUAUGUUUGGAGUAAUAUUAUCGUGUCCUGAAGACUUUUUCGGAUUUAGCUCUUUUAUUAUCCUAGUAAUUUCAGAAGUAGACGUCAUAAUAGAUGUGAUUGACACAUUAGCGGUAUUGGACAAAGUUGGCAACUUAAAUUUUUUCUUUGGGCAAUUAGAUUGGAAUACCUUUUCUAGGUAUUCUAGCAAUUUGCCUUUUCCUCAUUACUUCGUUCCCAAUUACCAUUUGACUGUCUUAUAGGCAUGUUGGAAUCUACCGGUGGCUUAAAAGACUUUUGGGCUUUCCAAAGAGAGUUUUGCAUGCUAGAAUUUGGACACAGUUUCUUUAUAUACUGUUAUCAAUAUCACUUCCUGUAUUUAUUUUUAUACUCUCGCAACAAAGUUGUUUGUAACACCCAAGAUUGAACGAGUUAGUCAAAUCCGAAUGUCUGUCUGUCAGUCCGUCCGUCCGUCUGUGCACCAUAGGAAGGUUGCUUUCGAAAAUGAGCAAAAUCGGACCACUGCCACGCCCACAAAAUGGCGAAAACCGAAAACACAUAAAGUGCCAUAACUAAGCCUUAAAUAAAGCUAUGGAAAUAAAAUUUGGUAUGAAGGAUCGCACUAUGAAGGGGCAUAUUUGGAUGUAAUUUUUUUGGGGAGGUGGGCGUGGCCCGGCCCCCUAAUAGGUUUUUUGUACAUAUCUCGGAAAUCAAUAGAGCCAUAUAAACCAAACCUUCUGCAGUCGUUUUUUAGCCAUUUCCUUAUACAGUCGGAUAAUAACCACGCCCACCUCCCAUACAAAGGUUAGGUUGGAAAUUACUAAAAGUGGGUGAACUCACUAAC